CUACAGUUCCCAGAAAUGAUUCUAUGAAUUCGAUAGUACUGAGUUAUAUGUGGCAGUUAAAGCGACGCCAAACCGGAUUAUUUCUCCAGCGCGGAUGCAGCCCUAAACAGAGGGCGUUUGAGAACGCCUCCUGGACAGAAGGAGGUGGAAAUGUCGGCCGUGGACACUUGGAAAGAGGCGCCCGGGAGUCCCACCCUCCCUAGGCCUGGAGCCGGGGCCUGGGGUGCCACUGCAGGCGGGCGAUGGGGGGCGCCUGUGGGGCCCUCUCAGGCGGCCUAGCCCGACUAGGCCCGGCGGCGCUGCGGAGGUACUGUAUAAAGGGCCGGGGCUGGAGCCCCUGGUGGCGGGAGAGGGCUCUGCGGCGGGACAGUCGUCUCUGCUGCUGCGGAGGAGGAGGAGGAGGAGAGGCUGCUGCUGCUGCUCGGGCUCCAUGGCCUUCAUUCGGAAGCGGCGCCAGGAAGGGCAGCUGUAUUCCAAGGAAAGAUUUUCCCUGCUACUUCUUAAUUUGGAAGAAUACUACUUUGAACAGCAUACAGCUAAUUACAUUUUUAACAAAGACAAUGAAGAGAAAAGGCAAAUCAGAGGCUCAUUAAAAAUCUGCUCAAAGUCAGUAAUAUUUGAACCUGAUGAGAUAAACCAUCCCAUUAUUAAGAUCCCACUGAGAGACUGCAUUACAAUAGAAGGACCAGAAGAUGAUGAAAGAAGUAAUCCCUUUACAGAGGGAAACCUUGGACAUAUUUCCAUUUUAACCAAUCAAGCUUUUCUCACAAAAGAGCAAAACAUCAUUGCACCUUUUAAGACUGAAAGAGGUAAAACCAAAUAUUUAUUUCAACUGGAUGUUCCUGGAAAAGUUGAAGAUGUUGUACAUACACUUCACCAGCUAUACAGGGCAUCCUGCCUGGAUAAGCUGGGAGAUCAGGCUGCUAUGAUAACUGCUAUCCUGCAAUCACGUUUGGCCAGGACACCAUUUGAUAAGAACAGAUUUCAGAAUGUUUCUGAAAAACUGCACAUGGAAUGCAAAGCUGAAAUGGUCACUCCAUUGGUGACUAAUCCAGGACAUGUAUGCAUUACUGAUGCAAACUUGUACUUCCAACCUCUUAAUGGCUACCCAAAACCUGUGGUUCAAUUGACAUUGCAUAGUGUCAGGCGCAUCUAUAAAAGAAGACAUGGUCUAGCACCUUUGGGUCUGGAAGUAUUUUGCACAGAGAAUGAUCUAUGUUCGGACAUCUAUUUGAAAUUUUACAACACUCAGGACCGAGAUAACGUCUAUUUCUACGUGGCAACAUAUUUAGAGAAUCAUGUUACUGAACAUACAGCAGAGAGUUAUAUGUUACAAUGGCAACGAGGACAUAUUUCAAACUACCAGUAUCUUCUUCAUCUCAAUAAUCUGGCUGAUCGGAGCUGCAAUGACCUGUCCCAGUAUCCUGUGUUUCCUUGGAUCAUAGCAGAUUAUACUAGCUCAGAACUGGACUUGAAAAAACCUGAAACAUUUCGUGACCUCAGUAAACCAGUAGGUGCACUAAAUAAGGAGAGGUUGGAUAGAUUAUUGGUACGUUAUCGAGAAAUGCCAGAACCAAAGUUUAUGUACGGCAGCCACUACUCUUCACCGGGUUAUGUCCUGUUUUAUCUUGUCCGAGUUGCGCCAGAAUAUAUGCUUUGUUUGCAAAAUGGAAAGUUUGACCAUCCUGACAGAAUGUUCAACAGUAUUGCCGAAACUUGGAAGAACUGUUUAGAUGGAGCAACAGACUUCAAAGAGUUGAUACCUGAAUUCUAUGAAAAUGAUUCAAGUUUUCUACUGAAUAGCCUGAAACUAGAUUUGGGGAAGACGCAAGGAGGAAAGAUGGUUGACAAUGUAGAACUUCCCCCUUGGGCAUCAGAUGCGGAUGAUUUCCUUCAGAAGAGCCAAGAAGCUUUGGAAAGCCAGUAUGUGUCAGAACAUCUCAGUGAAUGGAUUGACUUAGUGUUUGGUUACAAGCAGAAGGGAAGGGAAGCUAUUGCUACUCACAAUGUAUUUCAUCCAUUAACCUAUGAAGGAGGAGUAGAUUUAAACAGAAUUAUGGACCCCAAUGAGAGAGUAGCUCUGCUGACGCAAAUCUUAGAGUUCGGGCAGACUCCAAAACAGUUAUUUACAAUCCCUCAUCCUCGGAGAAUAAUCCCAAAAUUAAAAAAUCUGUCUCAUGCAUCUAGUCGUAGUCUUUCUACAGCUGAAUCUCCAGUCUCUCCAGGUGAAGAAUCCUUUGAAGAUCUCACAGAAGAGAGCAUCCUGCUUGCUUGGAACAACAUGACCAGAUUAAAGCUUGAUAGCCAAUACAAGAUUCACAAAGGAACAAUAACUGGGAUUGCUGUAUCUUCUGGUUCCAGGCAGUCUUCCAUUUUUACUACUUCUCAAGAUUCAACCUUGAAGAUGUUUUCUACAGAAUCGAAAAUGCUUCAGAGGAGUGUGUCAUUCUCAAACAUGGCAUUGUCCUGCUGUUUAAUCCUACCAGGUGAUACCACUGUCGUAUGUUCUUCAUGGGACAACAAUAUCUAUUUCUAUUCUAUAGCCUUUGGAAGACAGCAGGGCACCUUAAUAGGCCAUGAUGAUGCUGUCAGCAAGAUUUGCUGGCACAACAAUCGUUUAUAUUCUGCAUCCUGGGAUUCCACUGUAAAGGUGUGGCACUGCAGUCCUACAGAACUGGGCACUAAGAAACAUUUUGAAUUGCUCACUGAAUUGGAACACGAAGUCAGUGUUAAUACAAUCAACUUAAAUGAUGCAUAUACACUCCUCGCAUCGGGAACAAAAGAAGGGACCAUUAGCAUUUGGGAUGUUUCAACUGCCUCUGUGUUGCAUCAACUUGUGUGCCAUUCAGGGACUGUCUUUGAUGCUGCUUUUAGUCCUGAUAGCCGGCACCUGUUAAGCACAGGAGAAGAUGGCUACUUUAAAGUAACAGAUGUGCAAACAGGAAUGAUUAUAUCAUCUGUGGCUACAGAGCAGCCCCAAAGGUGCUUUGACUUCUAUGUGGAUGAAUGAGCAAUGUAGCAACAUAAUCACUGGAGGGGAAGAUAAACAAAUCAAGUUCUGGAAACAGCAAUACUAAGUGCCUUCCCUCUCAAAGUAUCAGUGUUCAAGAUAUUUUAAACCAAACUUUUUAAUGGACCUUAUUCACAUAUGAUGCCUGCUGCAGUUCAGACAAAGAGCUUUGGCUGUCUCUUGCUUCUGUUGUGUCUAGCUGAAAGCUCUCCAAUAUUUGUGUCAAAACUACAGUAUGCACUUGUAUUUUGUUUACGAAUGUCAUUUCUGCUUGUAAAGCUUGUCUAAAUAAUUAACUGAAAAUAAAGAAUUAUUUUUCUGUAA